ACUGUUGUUUACAUCAUGGCGUCGGUGGAUUUCAGAGACAACCUCCUGGGGAUUUCCUGGGUGGACAGCGGCUGGGUGCCGAUUCUUAACCCUGGAAAUGUUCUGGACUAUUUCUCUGAGAGGAGCAACCCCUUCUAUGACCGCACCUGUAACAAUGAAAUGGUGAAGAUGCAGCGUCUCACUCUGGAACACCUGAAUCAGAUGGUGGGGGUGGAGUACAUUCUUCUUCACGCUCAGGAACCAAUCCUUUAUAUCAUCCGGAAACAGCACAGGCAGUCACCAACAGUAGAGAAUCCCUUGGCCGAUUACUACAUCAUAGCCGGAGUGGUGUAUCAGGCCCCCGACCUGGGAACAGUCAUCAGCUCCAGAGCGCUCUCUGCUGUCCAUGGAAUCCAGUCUGCGUUUGAUGAGGCCAUGUCUUACUGCCGCUAUCAUCCGUCCAAAGGAUACUGGUGGCACUUCAAGGAUCAGGAGGAGAGAGAGAAAAAUAAACCCAAGACUAAGAAGAAGGAGGAAGCCAGCUCUCUGUUCCAGAGGCAUCGUGUGGACACGCUGCUGCUGGACCUCAGGUCCAAGUUUCCCCCCACUUUCUACCAGCCUAAGCCUGGUGAGAAGCCCAUUCCAGUUGAGGUGAAGAAGGAGCCUGAACCUCCGGCAGAGGCUGUUAAACAAGAGGAGAGAGAACCAGCCACCAAGUCCUCCACCCCCGCUCCACCCAGCAAACCCCCCCCAGAGAAGAGAGCGAGGCUGCAGUGAGAAGAACUAAGAAUAUGGAAAUGUAACAUCACACAGCACUAACUGAAACCACAGCUCAGAAGUAUCUGUGUUUCCUCAACAUAUUUGCCAGAUCCUCUGCUCAGUUUAUCAGGCUCAGAACGAACCGGAACCCAGAGCAGCUUCUCUCAGUGCCAGAACCACUCUACUCCUGUGCAUGUGAAACAAACCUGGGUUGAGUGCCUGAUGUCAGCAUGCGUUUAGCAGGAUUCACUAAGGAUGAGUCUUUCUGCUGAUGAGCUGACGCCAGCAUCAGUGUCGGUUUACCGUAUCAUCAGCGUAAUAUUUGUAGUGACUUCAGAGGACACUUUAAUUCCACUCUGCUUUACAGGGUGACCUGUCAGGACACAUCAUGUUAUCCGUCACCUCUCUUUGAUUUCAAACUCUUUCUUCUGUUUUUGUAAGGAAUACUUGUGUGUUUUUGUAUUAAAAUGUGUCCCCUGCUGUA